CCGCCUAGAGGGAGAAACAGCUGUUGCACGUGUAAAUAUUGCUCCCUCUCCAGACCUCGAUUAAGGCGCCAUCUGUGUCCAGACUUGGAGAGCAACUGACGUGUGCGCGUCGUCCAUCUGAGAAACAACCCCUCCAACUCAGCGUGUCGGCGGCAGGUAAAUCGGCAAGGAUGUUAACUUCUGGACACGCGAGUCAAUGUUCUUAGAUUUGGUUCCGAUCUAUUUGAUAGUUUGACAAAAUAGAGGAAAUUUCCUUCCAAUGAAGGAAAUGGUUUAACGAGAGCGAACCAGAAUACCCGAGGGAUUUCUUCUGAAUGCUGAAAAGUGGCAGGGAUCACUUAGGAUUUGGUUUGAGGUCCUAAUCUUCAAACACUUUUCCUUAGUCUGCAUGGGCAGGAAACAGGAGGACUUGGAAGGAAUGUGUGUCAUCAUGGAGAAUGUGCAAGCUCCACAUAAACAGUCCUGUGUAGAUGUUUGACCGCUGAGGAGCAUAUCGCUGGUUUCUCUACCUACUGCUACCCUAAGAUCAGCUGCUGUCCUGAUUCACCCAUCUGUUCUUCAGAGAAGACAAAAGAGUGUCACUUAGUGGUUCAGAUGGGGGCAGACAGCUUCACUCCCAGUGCAACAUGAUUCAGCCCCAGAAGCAGAUCCAUCUACUGGCAAUCCUUUACCAAAUGGCAAGACAGACUCCCUGAAAUCAUCACACCUAUUGACCCACCACUUUCCUUGUUCUCUGGCACGCCAUCAUUUAACCAGUGUUGGCUAGCACAAAUUCAAAGGAAGUACUGAGAUACGGAGUACACGAGAACCUUUUUGUGCUUUUGGUGGAAUUCAGCUAUACAAUCAUACGUUACUCAGCUUCCAUUUUUGUCUCAGUUGCAGCAGGUUUGCCAUUUGCUGGAUUCAAGCUGCACUUCAAUAAAAGUUUAUCCAAAAGUACCAAAUUGUAACAGCAUACAUUCUUUUCAGGUUUACAUUUCACCUCACAGAGUAAAGAUUAUUGCAUCUGAAAAUGAAAGCAGUUUGAGGAUCUGCUAGCUGAGAGAAAUCUUGAAACCAAAUCACCAGAUAAGCUUUAUGUGCCAAACAAGAUUCUGGAAAGAGAUUUCUGUUAAAUUGUUGGAGACAAUGAACAAGCUGUGGGAAGAACUGUUUUUUUUAAACCUGGGAAUGGUAAUAAAAUUCUUUUUGAAGAUGCUGCUGCCAGUUAGUCAUUUUUAGUUCAUCUGAUCUUUGUUACUGAAAUGAAGGAGGUGGUGGAAUGGUCAUCCAAAGAUGUGCUAGACUGGCUGACAGAGCAUGGCAUGCAAGAGUAUACUGAUGCAUUUCAAAAUAAGCUUGAUGGCCCAGGCUUAUUAAAACUGUCUAAGGAGGAUUUCUAUAGGCCACCUUUGUCACUUGUUGCUUCAGACAAUGGCCAACAACUGCUGGAAAAAAUAGAAACACUAAAGAUGGAGCAUCAUAUAGAAGUGCACAAGAAUGGUCAUGCCAAUGGUCACCUUAACAUGAGUUCCCUGAAUGCCGACAGCACGAAUGAUAUGCAUAAUAAAACCAAAAGAACUGGAUUGGCAAAUGGUUACAGAAAAGAAAUGGUUCAAAUCUCUAUGCCAGAACAAGAGUGGCUUCCAUCCUCUCUGGAAUGGUGGAAGACUGGUGUGGCUUUCCUUUAUGCACUUUCCUGUUUUCUACUUACAACAGUGAUGAUCUCAGUUGUCCAUGAACGUGUGCCUCCCAAGGAGGAACAGCCACCUCUACCAGACAAAUUUUUUGACUAUUUUGACAGGGUGGAGUGGGCCUUCUCCAUCUGUGAGAUUAAUGGCAUGAUACUUGUAGGAUUAUGGCUGGUUCAGUGGGUGCUAAUGGAAUACAAAUCCAUUGUGGGGAGGAGAUUCUUCUUCAUAGUUGGCACCCUGUAUUUGUACAGAUGUAUUACAAUGUAUGUGACAACACUCCCAGUGCCUGGCAUGCACUUCAACUGUUCUCCAAAGCUGUUUGGGGAUGUCGAAGCACAGUUUAGGAGAAUUAUGAAGAUGAUAGCUGGAGGUGGGCUGUCAAUCACAGGAGCGCACACCAUGUGUGGAGACUACCUGUACAGUGGGCACACUGUUAUGUUAACACUCACCUACUUAUUUAUCAAAGAAUAUUCUCCAAAAGAUUGGUGGUGGUAUCACUGGUCCUGCUGGGUUCUCAGUAUUGUUGGGAUUUUCUGUAUUCUUCUGGCACAUGAUCACUAUACCGUGGAUGUAGUGGUGGCAUAUUAUAUCACUACACGUCUUUUUUGGUGGUACCAUACCAUGGCUACACAGCAAGUAUUAAAGGAAGCCUCCAAGACUAAUUUUCUAUCCCAAGUGUGGUGGUAUAAAUUCUUUCGGUUUUUGGAAAGCAACGUUCAAGGCAUUGUACCUCUUACAUACCAUUUGCCAAUUUCCUGGCCAUCCAUUUCACAGUUCUUUGGGAAAAAAAUUAAAUACAGCAGAUUAGUGACUGAUACAUAACACUAGCUAACUUAGAGGACUGUGCAAAGUGCUGAAAAAUCCCUUGGAGCUGAUGCCAUUUUGAACUUCCUGCUAAUUCAUGUAUUGCAGCGUUUUUACUAAAGUGUUAACAAUUUAACUGGUCAGCACUGUGAUCUUUCCAAAGGACUAUAGAACAAAAGCAGUUGACAUGCACUAUAUAAUCUUUUGUUAAUUGUCAAUUUGUCUUCGAUAUUUGCCAUAAACGCAAUCACAUUCAGUUGUGUUUGAUAUUAACUGCAUCAGUGGCAAUUGUCCUGUCUGCUUGUGUUUUAUUUAGCCUGUUUGCAAAGGUGUCUGGGAAAAAUUGUAUUUUUUCAAUCAAAUUUAUCUUCUUAAUAAUUCAUGCCCCAAAGACUGGGCUUAAAGCCAUUCUGUUGAAACUCUUUAGCUAUAUAAGCAAAAUAGUUGGUAAAUAACAUGACUGGGUUCUGUAUGUAUUUUAGAACCAGUGUGGCAAAAGAAACUUUAAGUGCAAAAACAUUUUAUAAAAAUCAUUCUUGUUAUGUUAAAUGAAUGUGGCAGUGCAAAAAAAAAAUCAAAUCUUCACUGGAAUUUUCAACUACUAAGAUGAAGUCUGCAUAGAACACUCAUAGCAAGAAUGAAAUCAUCACCGGGUGGAGGUUUUGACUGAUAGUUUUCUAGUGCCUUUUCUUGUCCUGAUUGUAUGGUCAGUAGGUGGUCUCAGAUAUAGUAUAUGAAAAUUCAAAAUCCUAUAUGUAUGUUACCUUGAGUAUUGAGUUAAUAAUUAACUGUUGCAGAAUUGCAAAAUGUAAGCUCAACAAUGAGCAUUCAAUUUUGUAGUUAUUAUUUCUUUGAUCCAUAUCUUGAAUACUUUGAGAUAUUGGGUGCAAAAUUAAAGAUGGUUAUAUUCAAUUCACUAACUGUGGGCAUGUCCUGUUAGCUAUAUUACUGUACAAGUAAAUUAUUUUAUUAUAUAAAUGGGAAGUAUGACAGCAAAUCCGUUGGUUUUUGACUUCCUUUUUAUAGAUUUUGCAUUUUUCUUAAAUAUCAAGUCAUAACAUGAAGGUGAAAUAAAUGUGUGCAGAGGUUAAUGUACUAGCAAAGUAUCUAUGCUCCUCUGACUUGUUGGUAAAAGCAGCUGCAGAGAUGCUCUAUUUCUAUAAAUUUUAUUAUAUUUGUGCAAAUAAUGCAUGUAGUCUUUAAAUCUCACCCAAAUCAAAAGUCGUGAAAAUGAAGUCUAUACUUGCCAAUGUGGGAAAUAGUUUUUUAUUGCAAAAUAUGAUCUCCAUUCUGUAUUUUAUGUGAAAGGAAAUUCUUUUCUGUAGUUUUGUGAAUACACAAGGUGAUAUUUGUAUUGUAAAACAAUUAUGAAGGAUGAAUAAUAAAAAAACUUUAAAUGUAAA